GCCAUUUGCAACAAUUAAUAUUGUAAUAGUUGAUAUAUAUUAAGAUGGGGCUGUUCCUUCAGGUGUUGACGGUGUUAGUGAUAACGGUUUCGCUGCAAGGAUGGCUGCCUCUUGGUUGCUUGGAGGAAGAGAGAAUCGCUCUGUUGCACCUCAAAGAUUCUCUUAACUAUCCCAACGGCACCUCCCUUCCCUCCUGGAUGAAAGCUGACGCCAACUGUUGUUCUUGGGAACGUAUUGUCUGCAACAGCAGUACAGGUCGAGUCACCGAACUCUAUCUUGGGGGCGCAAGGAAUGAGGAAGUGGGAGAUUGGUACUUAAAUGCCUCCUUGUUUCUUCCUUUUCAACAACUCAACGGUCUCCACUUGUGGGGUAAUCGUAUAGCUGGUUGGGUUGAUAAGAAAGGUGGUUAUGAGUUACAGAAAAUGAGCAAUUUGAAGUAUCUUGACUUGGGAAUUAAUCAUUUUGAUCGUAGUAUUCUAUCAUUUGUGGAGUUGCUUUCCUCUCUUAAAUUAUUAUAUUUAGAUUAUAAUAGACUAGAGGGGUUAAUAGAUUUGAAAGAAUCGUUGAGCAGCCUGGAGACCUUGUAUUUGAGCGGCAACAAUAUUAACAAAUUGAUAGUCUCAAGAGGUCCAAGCAACUUGAGGACCCUAUACCUAGAAAAUAUCACAACCUAUGGAAGUAGCUUCCAGUUACUGCAAUCAUUAGAAGCAUUCCCUAACCUCACGACACUUUAUCUGAGCUACAACGAUUUUAGAGGAAGAAUAUUAGGUCACGAGUUGCAAAAUUUGAGCUCUUUGAAAAUGUUAGAUCUAAGCGGUUGUUCUCUAGAUGGACACUCCCUUCAAAGCCUCGAAGCACUGCCUUCUCUAAAAAAUAUAUCUUUGGAUGCACUCAAUGGUAUUGUACCUUCUAGAGGCUUACUUGAUCUCAAGAACUUGGAAUACUUUGAUUUGAGUUACAAUACUCUCAAUAAUAGCAUCUUUCAAGCCAUUGGAAUGAUGACCUCUCUUAAAACUUUGAUUUUGCGGAGCUGCAAACUAGAUGGUCGAAUACCUACAACCCAAGGCUUCUUUAAUCUCAAGAACUUGAAACUCUUGGAUUUAAGUUCCAAUACUCUCAAUAACAACAUCUUACAAACCAUUAGAACGAUGACCUCUCUCAAAACUUUAAGCUUGCAGAAUUGCAGUCUAAAUGGCCAAUUACCUACAACCCAAGGCCUAUGUGACUUAAAUCAUCUCCAAGAGCUAUAUAUGUAUGACAAUGAUCUCAGUGGUUUCUUGCCUCCGUGUCUGGCAAAUAUGACUUCCCUUCAACAACUUGAUCUCUCUUCCAAUCACUUGAAGAUACCUAUGUCAUUGAGCCCGUUAUGCAACCUUUCAAAGCUCAAGUAUUUUGAUGGUUCGAACAAUGAAAUAUAUGCAGAAGAAGAUGAUUAUAAUCUAAGCUCAAAGUUCCAGUUAGAGUUCCUCUUUUUGCGUAAUGGUGGACAAAAUGCGAGAGCAUUUCCCAAGUUCCUUUACCAUCAGUUCAGCAUGCAAUCUUUGGAUCUUACAAAUACCCAAAUAAAGGGAGAGUUUCCAAAUUGGUUGAUUGAAAACAACACAUACCUCAAACGUCUUUCUUUAGAAAACUGUUCUAUUUCAGGUCCAUUCUUAUUGCCAAAGAGUUCCCAUGUGAAUUUGUCAUUCCUAAGUAUAUCAAUGAAUCACUUCCAAGGACAAAUCCCUUCAGAAAUCGGAGCUCAUUUGCCAGGGUUAGAAGUUUUAUUGAUGUCUGAUAAUGGUUUCAAUGGAAGCAUUCCUUCCUCAUUAGGUAACAUGAGCUUCAUGUACGAGUUAGACCUGUCCAACAACAGUUUGCAAGGGUGGAUCCCUGGAUGGAUUGGGAAUAUGUCUUCUCUUGAAUUCUUGGACCUAUCAAGGAACAAUUUAUCUGGUCCUUUACCACCUAGAUUCGGCACUUCUUCAAAAUUAAGAGUUGUUUAUUUGUCUAGAAAUAAGUUGCAAGGACCGAUCGCAAUGACAUUUUAUGACUCCUCUGAGAUAUUCGCAUUAGAUCUUUCCCAUAAUGAUUUAACUGGUAGAAUUCCAGAAUGGAUUGACAGGCUAUCUAACUUGAGAUUUCUAUUCUUGAGUUAUAACAAUCUUGAAGGUGAAAUCCCAAUUCGAAUAUGCAGGUUGGAUCAAUUAACCGUGAUUGAUCUAUCUCACAAUUAUCUUUCUGGUAACAUCCUCUUUUGGAUGAUAUCUACUCAUCCUUUCCCACAACAAUACAAUUCCCAUGAUUCUGUGUUCUCAUCACAACAAUCUUUCGAGUUUACAACAAAGAAUGUAUCCCUUCCUUAUAGAGGAAGCAUUAUCCAGUACUUAACAGGAAUUGAUUUCUCAUGCAACAAUUUCACAGGAGAGAUUCCUCCUGAAAUUGGAAACCUCAACAAGAUCAAGGCAUUGAACCUUUCGCACAACAAUCUGACUGGACCAAUUCCACCAACAUUUUCAAAUUUAAAGGAAAUAGAGAGCUUGGAUAUUUCCUACAACAAACUGGAUGGAGAAAUCCCACCUCGACUUAUUGAACUAUUUUCUCUAGAAUUUUUCAGUGUGGCACACAAUAAUCUGUCUGGCAAAACUCCUGCGAGAGUUGCACAAUUUGCCACGUUUGAGGAGAGCUGCUACAAAGAGAACCCUUGUCUUUGUGGAGAACCGCUAAGCAAAAUAUGUAGUGUGAUUAUGCCAUCAUCACCAACUUCAAUGAACAAUGAAGAUGAUGGUGGCUUCAUGGAUAUAGAGAUUUUCUAUGUGAGCUUUGGGGUUGCAUACAUCAUGGUGCUGCUGGUGAUAGGUGCAGUUCUGUAUAUAAAUUCAUAUUGGCGAUGAGCUUGGUUUCACUUUAUUGAAGUGAGCAUCAACAAUUGCUAUUAUUUUCUGGUGGAAAAUCUUCCUAUGCUAUCAAGGUUUAGAAUUUCAUAGCCUUGAUGGUACGAAGACUGGUGUUUUGUUGUGUAUUCUUGUUUUAAGAUUUCAACAAGUUUUAAGGCAUGCUCAAGUGAUGUUGUAUUAAUUUUGAUUUGUAUUUUGUUUUUCUAAAAUACUUCUUGUCAUUGUCAUA